AUGGAUCAUUACAAGGACAGUGGCUAUAGUGGUACCCGCAUCUCCUCGACCAAGCCCUUUGAAGGUGGACCGAGCCUCGAUGGUAUUGCAGUGCAGUCGCCGUCACGCUUACGGAAGCACAAGUCGAAUGCUGGCAUGCGUAGCGUAAGCCAUGGGCAGGUAUUCAGCACUGGGGACGUGAGGAGCGAUGGAGCAACCGCUGGCGGUUUUGGAGACGGAGCGAAGGCACGGAAGGGAUCCAUUCGAAAUGCAGUCCGAAAGAUGUUUGGCAGGAGGAGAGACGUUGUAUCGCAAGGCCCAGAGACUACUUCGUUUGGCCCAGCUUCUAGACACACCUACCACAGGAGCGAACCCACUGCCCUCGUGUCGCCCGCCGAGGUGCCAGAGCCCUUCGUACAGGACAAUGACUUGAUGGAGCGCACCCUGGCAGCUCCGUAUCAAGCAGUGCCGUCUCCGUCCUUCCACCAACCGACAGCCUCCCCAUAUGCUCUCCAGUUUCCCAACAGCGUGAGGCUGAAGCCAAUGGAUCUGGGCAACCCCUUCAUGGGGCCUCCCGGCCAGCCUCGAAGACGGAAAACGCUACCGAGCAUCAUACUGGCCGAGCGAGAUGCGAAAGCAUUGGCGGAGGCCGUCCCAGAAAUGGUAGCCGACACGCCCAACGGCGCGAAGUUUGAGCAUACUCGAGUUAUGCCAGUACCCAAGCACACUCUGAGCCAGAUCAAGAAGGCUCGGAGGAAGUCGAGAAGCGCCGACGAUCUGCAAAGUGCGUCGAAUGCGAAAGAGAAUGCAGUCAGAAAGAGAAGCGAAGAGAUCAAAUACUGGCGAGAAAGCUUUCAGCCAGACGUGCUACGCGCAAGUGGCUUCACGACGCACCGGCAGCCUGUGGAUCGAGAUGAGCAAGAUCUUGUAAGACAAGCGACAGAUGAGCACCAGGACGACAGGACAACCAUGCCGCAGGUCACAGAUUUCAGUAGUGCUGCAGCUUCGAGGCCCGGCACAAUGAGAAGCAGUCCGCCUUCUCGCGGUGGCCACGGCAUAAGCGCAAGCGAAGGCGACAUACGGCCUUCUUCAGGUUUUGGCACCGAUAUGAGCAAAGACCUCGAGGACCGUGUAGCGAAGCUGGAAGCUGGCUUGCACAACUUCCAGCGCUCGCUCCAGCGUCUGGCCGCCGAGCGGAACAGAAGGACCAUCAUCAUGGGCGAGCUCGCGCCGCAACGAUCUUCCAAUGACAUGCGCAGCCCAAGCAUGCUAGCCGAGACUCUUGCAGAUGACCUAGAGCCGUCUGCGUAUGAGUACCAGUAUGGUCACACAUUACGGCCAUCGACCUCGCCGCAGCCGCCGCUACCACCGGAAGUGCAGGGCUCUGUGGAGGAUCCAUUUGGUCCUGAGCUCCCCACGACUGGCGCGGCGCCGUCCACGGCUGCCAAUUCAAUGCCAGCUCGCAUGUCUGAACGUCUCGCAGCAGACCGUCCGACAGAAUCAUUUCGCAUGCCUUCUCCACUCAAUUCUCAUCCACCUACGCAGGAACCGCCCAUGCCUAUGCGAAUGCCCGCUCCAGCACCCCCUCCAGCGCCGGCACCAGCCCCAAGCUCGGGCAGCAUUCGCACGACAACCACUCAGCCAUACACUUUCAACUCCCUCUAUCAAAUGCUCGCAGACGAACGUUCAGCCCGGCGGAAACUUGAGAACCAGCUCAAGAGCCUCCGUAACGAAAUUAGCGACCUCCAUACGCAGGUCAACUCCUCCAAUAUCCAAAGUACUCGGAGCAGUUACAUGCUCGCCGGCUCCUCCAGCCGCCUGCAAGACAUGCUUCGAGAAACGGAGUCGAGCACCAGUCCACCCAGCGGAGGCUCUGUCAGAUCAGCGCAGCGGCAUUCUGGCCUCUCUGCUGUGGGAAGCGCAGCACCUGUUGUGAGCAGGUUCAGCGGAUCGGAGAGUGAAGCAGGCGCGAUUGAGGAGCAUUAUGACGAGCUUCCUACACCACAGGACGCAUAUCGAACGCCGCGAGAGGAGCGAUCGAAUUUCAGUCUGAGGGCCAACGUGGAGUCUCUUAAUAAGAAUGGGGACAUGUUUUGA